AUGUUCGGAGCUUUCAGAGCGACCCAGCCGACACUCGGAGGUCUUCUCUGGAAGGUCCCAUGGAGAUUGUCACCAACCCGUAAGGCCAAUGUCCGGACACGACUGAAGAGAGUGGACUCGGUCAUCGAGGCCGUUAGAGUCAGUGGGGUCCAGUGUGCUGCAUUGACGAAAGCUCUCGAGCUCCCGAAGGAGAGCGAAAUGCCUGCGAGGGAUAAGUACACCGUGUUCACCCGUCAUGCUCACUACAGGAACUACCGCAAAGGUAUCCAUAAAGUGCCCAAGUUUACGCGGUUGACGUUGAGGACAAAUCCAAAGGGUUUCUAG